UUAUCCUUAGCAAUAUGAGGACAAGAUUGAUUGCCUUCAGUGUACUGGAAAUGAUCCUCAAUUCCUGUGGGAAGGAUACAGAUCAAAAUUACAUUCAGGAGGUUGUUGAGGACCUCUUCCAGUGUUUGUCAGACAAUAUGUGGAAAAUUCCCCAGCAGUUAGAACUACAAAAGGCACAGGAAAAGAAGAGUAGAUUACAGUGGAAGUUAUCAGCUGGGACUGAUUUAAAUGUAGACAAGGAAACAGACUCUGAGGACACUAAGAUUAUGAUGCAGAAUGCCACAUUUGAUACAGACAAGUGUCUUAAUUGUACAAUAGAGAGUCCACAAGUGUUGGUGCAUUCUACGUCAGGGAAGGGUUAUGGACUGGGGUCCACAGCCAUGGUGUCAGGGUGCUACAAGUGGAAGGUGCUAAUAGUGAAAGAAAAUAAAGGCAACGAGGGUACAUGUGUGGGUGUUUCAAAGUGGCCAAUCCAUGACUACACUCACCGUACCACAACAGACAUGUGGUUAUACAGGGCUUACAGUGGCAAUCUCUAUCAUGGAGGGGAACAGGCCAUGGCCCUCAAUGGAUUCACACAAGGGGACUUUAUCACUGUCAUUCUUGACAUGGAUGCCAAGACACUGUCCUUUGGAAAAAAUGGAGAGGACCCUAGAAUAGCAUUUGAAGACAUUGAUGCUGGUGAACUCUAUCCUUGUGUAAUGUUCUAUAGUGGAACACCAGGAGAAAAGGUCAAGAUGACAGACAUGCAGAUUUGUGAGGGAAACAAAGAGUUACUGCCAGGAGACCCCGUUUGUGCCCCCGUUACAUCAGCUAUAAUGGAGGCUAACAUCAGCAUGAUGAGGAGGCUACACAAAACUGAAACAUGGGGACCCACCAUUAACAGGAAGAUUGUAGAUCAACUGACGAAAAUCAAGGACCUGGAGAAACCUCAUAAGCUGGAUGAUAUUGCCCAGAGUUUUCACUCAAAAGAGAAAAAGAAUAAUGAAAAAGAUGCCAAGUCACAGAAUGCAGCAUCAAACAAGUCUGAUAAGGAUGGAGAGAAAUCAUCUUACAAGGAUGACGAGAAAAAAGAGGAGGGUCAAAGUGAAGAGGAAGACAAAGAUGAAAUAGUAGACUUCACUGACGAAGAAACUGUUAAAACGCUAUGUUCCCAGGUUUGGCCUAGUUUGGUUCUUAUUGGUGGCCUGGAUCCAGGAUUGAGGGUAGGAGGUAGCUGUAGACACAAGACGACGUCAAAGAAGGGAACACUAAUGGGUGUGUCUAGAGAGGGGUCAGCCACUGUCAAAGUUCACUGGGAUGAUGGCGAUAGUACAGUCAGUGAUGUGUUGUUGAGCAAAAUAGAGGCCAUAGAACCAGAACCGUUUCAAGCCAACAGUUUGUGUGGUCUAACAGCUGGACAUCUGGAAUCUGUGAUGAAUCUGGCCUGUCUAACAGAGGACAUCCCUCCAGCAUUUACAAAUCUAUACUCCAAAAAUCCAACAGCGAUACAGACUGAUCUGGAGAAUGCUAGAGAAACUGAUGCAUUGAUGAAGAAGUUAGAUGAGGAUAUUGCCCGAGUUCUUGAACAGGAGCAGUCGUCUGUUAUUGGAGUGGAUCACAAUGCUGACAAGAAGGUUAUUAAGGCCCCUCUUGUCCAGCUGGAGACCUUUGAUUUGGACAGUACAGAAGACACAGCAAGCAGCACUUCUUCUGUGACCUCUCCCAGAUUUCCCGAUCUUACAGGGUCUGAUGUUAAUCUUAUAACCAAACCAAAGACUUGUCUGUUUGAAGCUCCUGAGUUAAGUGGCGUCACAUUGGAGGAUGGACCUGUUUCUUCCCCCCAGUCUGGGCCAGAGGUUGACAGUAGAGCUGAAUCAGGAAAUGUAGAGGAGGAAAGUCAGGAGGAGGAACAGACUCUCACUGACUUUCAACUAAUGCAGAGAUCCUUUAUACAAGUAACAGCUCUGAAAGCCCUUAAUGUAAUAAUUCAGUGCAACAAAUUCACAGAGAUGUUAUUGGUUCCAAAAUCCGAUUUGAUGGCAGAUUCCAGUAAGGCUUUAGUUGAUGGCACUGUUGUUAGAAGAGAUGAAGACUUUAAAUGUGGACUGAGGUCUCUGAUGAAGAAGAUGGUGAAGAUUUCCCUGUGUAAUGCCUCCUUAGUGAAGGUGUUUACUGUGGCAGAUUUAGAGAGAGCCCAGGCUGUACUGUACCAGGUGCUCACUUUAAAGAGUGCUGAGGAAAAUGCUGGCAUUCCAGAGUUAAAAGCAAAACUUCAUCCUGGUGGAGUGCCUACCAUCAAACCUACCCGUGAAGUGAAACAAAGGGAAACACCAUUCACAUUUAAAAGACUGGAGGGAAAUCUAGGUAGUUUUAUCAUCCCUCCCCCCAGUAUACCCAACCUGCCCCCCGACCUUACAGAGGAGGAGAUUGACAUGUCGCAGGAGGAUUCCAGAUCAAACAUGCAGCAGACUUCUAUCCUGCAGUUCCUAAGACGAGGGGCUGGAGGAGUCAAUAAUUCAUCUCCCAGGAACCAGAGAAACAUUGCACCUCGUACACCAGCUGAUUAUGUUUCACCACCUGCCAAUGAGGAGGUGGAGACAGAGCCCCCACCACCACCAGCACCACGCAGAUACUCCUCCUCAGCCACCCUACCCUCUACAUUGUGCAGAAGGAUUGGCAGUGCAGCCAAGAAACCACCCCACCCACCUGUUAGGGCCAGGUCUCCUUCACCUCCUCCCCCACCCAUUGCUGCUCCUCUGUUAGAGAUGGGGUUCUCCAUUCAGGCCAUUAAGAAGGCUAUCAGAGAAACAGGUACAAAUGGGAGGGAGGUGUCAGCCAGUGGUAUAAACACCCUGGCUAUGUGGAUGUUGGAGAAUCCAGACAGCACGGCUGAUCCGGCUCCAUCAAAGUCUCGUGAAAUGAACAGACGGGGCAGUCUGGAGUCCCUGGACAGAAGAGGACUCAGGAGGAGGCGACCAUUAUCCAGUCAAGAGGCCACCAAUAGGAAUGCUGACGACACCACCGAUGAUACAGAGAACUUUGGUUCACUAUUCUUACGUAGACAGAGACCACUCACCAGGACCAGGCACAUCAAUCUCAGAAGUAUCGGCAAUCUAGACAAUGAGGAUGAUGAUGACACUAGAUCUGAAAUGCCUAUGCCCACUGGAGAGGAAGGUUUGCUGUCCCUAUCUGAGUUAUACAAUGUAACUAGUACUGGGCAGGAAUACAGUGAUAGUCUCCUGCGGCCCCACUCUCUGGCUGAUUUGUAUGACAACAUACUGGAGCUACAGGAUGAGAUCUGUAAUGAUGACAGCAUUGAGGAUUUGUUUAAUGUGGAACAUGCUGAACAUAGGGACACUUGGGACUUGUUUAAUGCUUUGAGGCGAGAGUUGGAAGACCAGACUACCGUGACCUGUGAACUCUGUCAGCAGGAGACAGCCAAUUUUAACAGGCACAUGAGAACUGAACACCCGGGAUGUAUGGGAAGUUGUGCCCAGCAUGGCUACAGGAGUAAUGGUAUUUACGUGGAUGGUUGGUUUGGGGGUCGUUGUGGAUCAGGUCACCCGUUUUACCUGAUGUGUCCCGACUGUCGGGAGAAAUACCUGGAGGCCAGAGGGAACAGGGAAAACCUCCAGAACUCAGCUGAUUUGGCCGAUCACAGGUCUAGUGUCAAGGCCCCGGACCUACUGGAUAUUCUAGAUCAUGGAAUAAAUGAUCCAGUGCCUCUUUUCUCUGAUUCUUCUCAAAGUAAGCCAGUGACAGAGAAAGCUGAAGUUCUGAUGUCCAAGAUAGGACUCACUGAUCAUAAGCCGGUACCUGAACCAGUCAAGUUCUCAGAAAAUGACCCACUUGGUACAGGUCUCCUGAAAUCUGCUACAUCGUCAGGAGAUGUCUUGAUGACACUCUCAUCAUUUGCCAAAGGAAACCGACCAGAUAGCCGUAACAAAUCGCUAGGGGAGCAGGCAUCCUUUAUUAAAACAAGUGAGGACAGAAAAAUGGCUCUUUAUCGAAUCACUUCCACAAUGCAGAUCAUGAUAGCAAGAUCCAUGGUGACAAAAGUUUUGUCUGUGUUAGCAGCCAGUGGUCCAAAUUGCAGUCUGCCUUCAGCCCUGGAUUACAUAGGUCUGUCUGAUAUCAUGACCCUUGUCCAGUUUAUGUGUCUGUGUGCUACAGGGAAGGUUCUGUAUCCUGUGAGUUGUCAGCCCAGAGACUCGGCUGAGAGCUUGAGUCACCUGACCACUGCUAUAGGUACCCUGGUCCAGGAUAGCCCUGCCUCUCUCCAACAGCUUAUCCAGCUCUGUACACAGGAACUAAUGUUGGCAGCAACAGGGGGCAACAAGGGAGACGUCAGAAAGAAGACAAAGAAUGCCACCCCCUCCCAGCCGUCCUCCAUGCUGACCGUCACACAGUCCCUAGUCACCCUCCUUACUCGUAAUAAGUGGGUCAGCAGUCCUAACUGGAUAUCCCAGUGGUUCCCAAGUUCAGAUUCCCAAGAAUCAGACUCUCUAUCAAUUGCCGAAUCCUCAGAUUCCCCUACUCGGGAGGACUCACCUCUAAAUCUCAUUAAUGCACUGGCAGCCUGUGUACUGUCCACUAAGUUAUCCUCUGUGUACAAGCACUGGGCUGUCAAAGAAUUUAUACAGUGUUUGUCCUCUCAAUCUGCUGGUCAGCCUGGACAGAUUGUAAAUCAAGUGGACUGGGGUGGAGACAUGCCAUCUUGUCCAGUGUCCAAACUAGAGGCCCACCAAAACAAACUGGCCCACUGUGUGUGGAGUACCAAGAAAAAUCUCUUAGCCACCAGUGGUUAUGAUGGUACACUGCGGGUGUGGAGUCUGCCCAACAGAACCCACCAGUUCCUACAACAGACCUGUAUAUUUAACCGCGGGGACGAGGACUGUGAGGAGCUGGACGGGAACCUUCUGACCUGUAUCUGCUGGAGCAGCACGGGGAAAUACCUCGCGGGGGCCAUAGACAAUACUGUCAAUGUCUGGACUACAAGCGGUGGAAAAGGUCACCUGGAUAUCCAGCCUCAUUUUGUGUCUGUAAUGACUUGGCCAGAACACAAGGGAAUGAUGGGAGGCUGCCUGGGACUGACCACUGACACCCUUCUGAUUGGUCGACUGGACGGCUCACUGGCCUACAUUGAUGUGUUUGACAGCUCUAGCUUUAAGAGGCAUGAGUUAGAUCAUUGCUACAGAGAAAAUGUUUCAGUUACACAGAUUGCAUGGUUUGAUGAAGAUAGGCCAUUUGCUGUAGCAUUUAGUGAUGGGGUGAUUUCUCUUUGCACAAAGUUGGAAAUUGAGGAACCACAAUUGACAAAAGCCUUUGAUAGUUCUAUUAUUUGUAUGAAGUGGGACCCCACUGGUCACAUGUUGGCUUGUUGUGCUGAUGGAGAACCUAACAUAAAAAUCUAUACAGGCAGGCAGGAGUUAAACCUGGCAUUCAAACUACAGCACAGGGCUGAAGUCUCGGUACUUCAGUGGUGCCACACCUUAGGGAAGGGGGACAAGAAGGAAUUAAUGAUGGCAAGUGGCUGUGGUGAUGGUGUUGUCUAUGUCUGGAUGUUGAACCAGUACACAGGAAGUGAAUCGAGUUUAUCACCAUUUGAUUUUGACACAAAUUCGGUAAAUCAAGAAGAGGAAUUUUGUAACUCUGAGACGUCCAUUCAGCCACUUUUAACAAUGCGGGGUCAUGUUAGCACAGUGACUUCUCUUGCGUUCUGUCCAUCAGCACUGAUGCUGGCUUCAGGAUGUGACAGAGGCUGGCUUAAUGUCUGGUCUAUCUGUGAUGGAAGUGUACUACAAACUCAUAUGGAGAAUGGUAUGGUCAGUGACUUGUGCUGGUUUGCAGAUCAUGGACUUGCAGCUUGCUUCAGCAAAACUAAGGAUGUAGUUAUUCUGCAUUAUACUACAGACCUGUUAGAGAAGAACAGAGCAUUGUCUGUAUGUAGAAAAUCCCUGAAGCAGCAGGGAAUCUGGGGAUUAAAUCAAGCUCCCUUUCUACUCAGUCUGAUACAGAAGUUACCCAUUCUUCUCCAGGACCAGUACCUGUAUGAAAAGCCUAAGGUGGUAUCUGGCCAACAGCUGGUACACAGCUCUUACAUGCAGCAUCUGGCUAUUUUAGCAGUAGGACUAGAGCUGGACAAACCCCUUUGUCACGAACCAUGUGCCCCCCAUCAUGUCAGUUCUGACAAUGUCCAGGGCCUGGUGAUUCCAGAGUGGCAGUGGUUAUUGUCCUUCUCAGCAGCUGUCAAGUCAGCCGAGGCUCUCUCCAAUAGAACGCCAUUCCCAGAAUCCUUCAGAAUGCUCAAUAAAGAUACACGCUCCUGUCAUGCACAGUCUUUGGACAACACAAAAUGGGAGCUGAACAUGGAUGUACAGAUAAUGACGUGGGCCAUGCAGAAACCGGAGGACUGGCUGAUAGGGGGGAAAUGUGAGGCCUUCCUGUGGGGGAGUGGUAGAAAUGGACAGAUGUCUGAGGGAGGGAGAGGGGCCUUUGUUCCUGUCAAGGUCCAGUCCUUCUCCUGUGCACAACAGAUUAUAUGUGGACAGAACUGUACCUUUGUAGUACAGAACAAUGGGAUAGUAAUGGCCUGUGGAGAGGGUAGCUACGGUCGACUGGGUCAGGGUAAUUCUGAUGAUCUUCACUCACUAACGGCCAUAUCCUCCAUUCAAGGUUUUGUGGUGACACAGUUAGCCACCUCAGUAGGGUCAGAUGGCCAUGCUUUAGCUGUGACAGAGAGUGGGGAGGUGUUUUCCUGGGGGGAUGGUGACUAUGGUAAACUGGGACAUGGCAACAGUGAUAGACAGAGGAGACCCAGGCAGAUUGAGGCCCUCCAGGGGGAGGAGGUCGUUCAGUUAUCUUGCGGAUUCAAGCAUAGUGCUGUAGUUACAUCUGAUGGCAAGCUGUUUACCUUUGGGAAUGGAGACUAUGGAAGACUGGGUCUGGGUACAACCACCAACAAAAAAGUUCCCACCAGAGUUGUGGCCCUAGAAUCUCACCAGAUUGGAUAUGUUGCCUGUGGUUUAAACCACACCUUGUGUGUAUCAUCAGAUGGAACAAAUGUGUGGGCAUUUGGAGAUGGAGACUUUGGGAAGCUGGGACAGGGAAACACUGUUGGAAAACAUUUACCGACUAAGAUCAAAGCUCUCCAGGGACACGUAAUUAAAAAGGUCGCCUGCGGAACACAAUUCUCUGUAGCUCUUACAAAAUAUGGAAAAGUCUUCACAUGGGGACAAGAGAGACUGAUAGGGCAACCUGACACAAGAGGGGGAAGUAAUUGUCAGCCACAGGAGGUUACCUCCCUUUCAGGCUACUUUAUAGAGGAUGUAGUUUGUGGGGCGGAACACACUCUUGUUCUGACCAGUGAGGGUGAUGUUUGGGGGUGGGGAAACAACAGCGAGGGGCAACUCGGCUUAGGACAUACAAACUCUCCUGUGAGGGAGCCUCAGCUAGUGCCAUGUCUGACAGGAAAAAAUAUCAGACAGAUAUCGGCAGGUAGGACACAUAGUGCUGCCUGGACCACCCCCUGUCCUCCACAGAGAAUUCCUGGUGUGCCUGUCCCCCUACAGCUGGGGACCCCCAGUAAAGUCCCUGCCAGCUGUAGUACCCUGAGGGAGUGUCCUAUGGAGGAUAUACAGAGUCGUCUCAAGCUGCUCCAUCACUUCUCAGAUCUCAUCUACACCUCGUGGAGACUGCUUCCACUUACAACAAUACAGAAGAAUGAUUUGCCUCACUAUGCAGCAGGCAUGUCUGGUAUUGUGGAUGGAAGAUUAAGACCUUUAUUGUCCCCCCGAGUGUUCUCACUACCCAUGGUCAGGGCUAUAGGAAAAACCAUGGUGCAGGGAAAGAACUAUGGGCCUCCUAUCACAGUGAAAAGACUGUCAACAAGGGGUAAGAAGUGUAAGCCAGUUUUUACACAGAUAGGACAGCAGGUGAUUAAACUGAGGGCAGAGGACCUGAGGUUACCAGCACGGGCCUGGAAAGUCAAACUGAUAGGGGAGGGGGCAGAUGAUGCAGGAGGAGUGUUUGAUGAUACCAUCACAGAAAUGUGUCAGGAAUUGGAAACAGGAAUUGUGCCAUACUUCAUUCCAACACCCAAUGCCAGAAACGAGUCUGGAAAUAACAGAGAUAGAUUUUUGUUGAACCCAGCCCGCUGUGGAGAAGAUGAUCUUGCGAUGUUUAAGUUCCUGGGGAUUCUGUUCGGGGUGGCCAUCAGAACUAAGAAGCCCCUGGACUUACAUCUAGCCCCCAGUGUGUGGAAACUCCUGGUAGGAAUACCACUGAGACUGGAGGACCUUGAGGAGACUGAUCAUAUUUAUAUCCAAAGCUUGAGAGGUAUUCUGGAUAUUCAUGAAAGUGGAGUGAAUGAAACCAACUUCCAUGAGUUUAUCCCUCUGGACUGUUUUGAGGGUCAGAGUGCUGAUGGCAGACUGGUCCCUGUUAUCCCUGGGGGAGGGGCAUUACAGCUGAACUUCAACAAUAGGAGGGAGUAUGUGGAGGCAGUGCUGAACUACAGGCUCCAGGAAAUGAACCGACAGGCUGCCUCAGUAAGGGAAGGUUUGUCCUGGAUAAUUCCUGUUCCCCUUUUGACCUUACUGACCCCACAGAAUCUGGAACAGCUUGUCUGUGGGAUGGAGGAAAUGUCUGUAGAUGUUCUCAGGAAAGUGGUCAGGUAUCGUGGAAUUGAUGAGAAGAAUGAAGUGGUGUGCUGGUUUUGGGAAGUCCUGGAGGCAUUCAGUAAUGAGGAGAGAAUACAGUUUCUUAGAUUUGUCUCUGGACGGACCCGCCUACCAGCCAACCCUUCUGAUAUCUCACAGAGGUUCCAGAUCAUGAACUCGGACAGGGGUGCCAAUUGUUUACCAACAUCUCAGACCUGUUUCUUUCAACUUCGCCUACCAAAUUAUCCAAGCAGAGAAAUGCUGGCAGAGAAGCUACGUUAUGCCAUUUUCAACUGUCGAUCUAUAGACAUGGAUAACUACAUGCUGGCCAGGAAUGCAGAAAAUGAACAAAUGUCGGAUGAGGAUAUUGAUGAUGAGGAUCUUUUUAACACAAAUUUUGGACAAACAUAACACUUCAGGACAUAAAGUCUCUAAUUUAAUAUUCUGUAAAGUGCAUAAUUGUCACCAUAUACCAACCUGCAUAUAAGACAUGGUACAGUUAUUUAAUAUUUACAUGUAUGUGGUAUGCAGGACAUACUAGGUAUUCUGUGGGAAAUGUCAUCUGUGACUUUGACAAUUUUUAACUCUCCAUAAAUUAAUAUAUGUUUGUUUGAAAUGAUUGAUUUUAAAGUUGUUUACUUGCUUUGUUUAUGUGUCUGUGAUAUUUGCUGUUUUAUAAAGAAGCUAUGAUGUGAA